GGUCUUGGGAUAGCUCUCAUCAAUAAGGUUAUAUAGUGGGAUCGGGCUCAGCAGAUUGGCUGAGCGUUGGCGGGUGGAAGCUUUUCGGGUUCUGACAAUAUGUUCCUAACCAAUGGCCCGGGAGGGAACAACUCGGGGACAUAUGGAAAUGGCGACGGAGGCUACAAUAGAUCGAGAUACGGCGACGGUAGAGGUGGUGCGCUGGCGAAUGGAGGCACGGCUGGUGGAGGAGGUAAUUACGAUACCGGCGGAAACGGUGGGGGUGGGCCGGGCGGAGUAUGCUACAAUUGCGGUAAACCUGGGCACUUCGCGCGUGAUUGCUGGUCACAUCGUGAUAGACCCUUCCAAAACAAUUUUGGUGAUCCUGAGCUGGAGGAGAUUAAGGAGCAUCAUAGGCAAGCUAGAAAGGAGCGCAUCGAACAGGAGGAGAAGAAGAGGGACGAGGAGGAGAAAAGAGCGAAGGAAGAGGAAGAGAAUCGUAGAAAUCAAGAUUUCGCGCGGAAGAUGGAGGAAUUCAAGCUACAAUUACGGGUCGAUCUGAAUGAAGAAUGGCGCAAGAAGAGCUCUGAAGCUGAGAAAGUCAUGACCGAGACUAAGAAGAAGACGGUAAGACUGAACCACUGCUCACGAUCGAAGAAAGGUAAAGGGAAAGGGCGAAGAAUGAAGAGGAAGCAUUAUGUGCUCACCAGUGAUGACUCUUCAACCGAUAUGUCGUCCUUUUCGGAGGAUUCUAGUUCCGUGACAAGUGGUUCCAGUGAUGAAAGGACGUGCGUGAAGGUGACUAGGGGAAACGGGAAGCGGCUUAGUAAGGGGAAGUCGAAGCAAGGUUAGGGGAAGGAAAACAUGAACUCACCGGCGAUCAAGGUCACACCACGAAAACACGAGACAAGCGAAUGCUCCAUGAG